AUGAGUCUCACUGAAGAAAUUGACCUGUGGUCACCUUUUACCAGCGACACUCUGUUGGAGGUUCGCACCAGCGUGAUGAAGAAGAUGCCCGGACUAGAGGUCACGUCCGGAAUCGACAAGGAUUUGAGGCAUGGCCCCAUUCACGUAUCAUAUCUCGGACUCGAUGCGGAUGAGCAUGAUCCAACUUUCCAUGGUGGACCGGAUAAAGCGAUACACGGUUAUUGCUCCUCUCACUAUUCUGGUUGGAAGGCAGAGCAUCCAGUUGCAGCGGACAGAUUCAGACCGGGAGCUUUUGGCGAAAAUUUUGUCACUAGACACAUGAAUGAGCGCAACGUUUGCAUUGGCGAUGUUAUCGCCGUUGGUGACGAAGUCGUGCUCCAAGUCAGUUUGCCACGACAACCAUGUUACAAGCUCAAUCAUCGUUUCCAGUUGAAGAACUUUGCGCCUACGACGUUCAAGUCUAGUAGGACUGGCUGGUAUUAUCGUGUUCUGAAAGAGGGAACAGUCAAGGCUGGCGACGAAAUUAGGCUCGUCGAGCGCAAGUGGCCCAAGUGGACCAUUGAGAGGGUUCAGGAGUACCUGCACCGGAACCAGACUGACGCAGCUAUGAAUGAGGAACUUGCAUCAAUUGAAGACAUGGGCAAGGAAAGUCGUGGCGCAUUCCAGCGACGAGUGGCCAAGGCUAAAGCUCAAGUCAAGAGGGAAAAGGGGGACCAGUGGAGAGACUUCAAGAUUAUCGAAAAGACAAGACAAACCUCGAGAAUCUCAUCGUUUGUCCUCGAAGCCAUCAACCCGAUCGAGAACCCAGAAUAUCUCAACGAAGGGGCUCACGCAAAGCUCAAGCUUCCGAAUGGCCUCCUUCGGUCUUACUCCGUCAUCUCUGGGGACCGCAACAAGUUCGAGCUCGGCAUUGCUCUCGAGGAUAAGGGCCGUGGAGGAUCCCUCUACAUCCACAACUCUAUGUCUGUAGGCGACAUCCUUCAGGUUGGGCGAAUGACAACCGAUGUACAAGUUGCCAGUGCCUCAAGCAAUCACGUCUUCAUUGUGGGAGGUAUCGGUAUCACCGCCUUUUUGGUCCUUGCCGAGGCCUACCACGAAGUCCACUACAAUUUCGAGAUGCACUACGCCGUUCGCUCGGACGACGAUAUACCGUUUCGUUCUCGCUUGGAUGCUCUUGGGAGUAGUGUUCGAUUUUACGACCGUAGUAAAGGCGAGAGGAUGGAUAUCACCGAGAUCAUCAAAACGCUCAAGUGGAACAGCCACGUCUACGUUUGCGGACCUACGCGAAUGACCGAUGCUGUAAGGGUAGCCGCAGAGGAUUGUGGUCUCGAUGAGGGCGACGUACAUUACGAAGCCUUCUCUGCCGAUACAUCGGGAGACCCAUUCGAGGCAGAGGUUCUGAAUCGAGGCGGCAAGAUCCUGAAGGUGGGCGAGGAGGAGACGCUGCUGGAAGUACUUAAGCGGGAGAUCGGGGGCGAUGUGGAGAGUAGCUGCGAAGUCGGUAACUGUGGAACUUGCAAAGUUGCGCUUAAGAGCGGUCGAGUCGAUCACAGAGGCACAGCUCUAUCUGGCGACGACAAACUUGAGUCAAUGCUGAGUUGCACAGUGUUAAAGCCAGAGCGUUGUGUGCCACCGUACCUCAAUUACUCCGAGAGUGCAACAGAAACAACCUUAGUACCUAAACUAAGACGACAACAUUUCUUCGCGUUGAGCCGAUCCCCCGCCAAUAUGUCAACCGCCGAGUCCCAAGGGGAUGGCUUCCUUCUCUUGCCAGUGAAGCUCCCAGCACUUCCCUCGUGCCCCAUCACCGCUCUUCACGAGAUCCGCGUUCGACGAAAUGCGCCCAGGAUCCCGACCGAGAUCGAUGAGCGAAGUCUCUUUCUCAAGAACGUCCCCGUCGACAGCACCGAAGCUCAUUUUCGCCAAGUUUUCUCCGCUCUCGUUGGUCCAGGUCGCUUCGAAAGCAUUGCAUUCGAGGAUGAUCGGAAGAAUGCCGCAGCUGUCGACCCAGUCAACGCUGCGAAGAUUAUGGGUCUAGGCAAGAAGCGCAAGCGCGGCGAACAGGAAGCAGAAGAGAGAGCCCGGGAGGAAGAAAUUGCACGACUGCCCGAGACUUGGACGAGAAGAUUGCGAAAAAGCGGUAGCAGCGCCAUUGCUCUCUUCGCAGAUGAAAAGAGCGUCGAGCUCGUGCUCAAGGCUAUCAGGAAGGCGAACAAGACGACAAAAUUUCCCGUCUGGGGACAGGGUGUUUCCGAGGAUGAGCCCGAGCUUGGAUCCGAAUGGGUAUCUGCACACAUUCAGCUGUCGCGCUGUGACAAGGCGGCAACGCAGAAGUCGGUUCACGCCUUCUUCAACGUUUUCAACCGCAAGGAGAAGGAAGCGGCGGAGAUGGCCAAGAGGUUGCGCAAUGAGCCAGACGAGGACGGCUUCGUCACAGUUGUCCGCGGUGGCCGUGUUGCUCCGGCCAACAAGAACGAGGCCGAAGAAGCCCGACAGAAGAUGAUCGACAGGGCCUCGAAGAAGAAGGACGAGACUACGGACUUCUACCGCUUCCAACUGCGCGAGCGUCGCAAGGCGGAACAAGCCGCUAUGCUGAAGAGAUUCGACGAGGACAAGAAGAAGGUCGAUGCCAUGAAGGAGAAGCGUGGCAAGUUCAGGCCGGAAACAUGA